CACCUCCUAUGGCGUCUGGUAUGCUCACCGUUACUACGAAGAACAACUGACUCACAGCGGCAUGUUACCGCAAGCGCAAUAUUGCUUUUGUUCGACCGUCAUCGUCUGCGGCUUAGCCGUGACACCUCGAUUCGCGAAAUGCGGGCAAGUGGAAUGCGCCCAGGGAAGGAUGGUAUUUUUUUUACCGAUCACCCAGGAGUUACAGAGACCACAGUUAUGUCAGACCAUGUCACGUGCUUGUGUUCUCUUCAUCUUUACGCGUCCACAACAGCGUUUCAGCAGGUGCGUCAUUGCAGACUGGUUUCAGAUAAUUUCCUCCAUCGCCUGUCAUAUCGCUGAUAGAAUGCCUUGGUCCCCGUUGACGAUGUGUCUUCUCAGUCAUGCAGAUCAGGACCAUGCCAAGCUGAUACGGAACCUUACACGGGUGAGCUUGGAGACAUUGUGUCGUCGCUCCACAUACUCAAUGUCCUUCUCCCGGUUUUCAAGUCAAGAGUACUUCGUGUUGGUCUCGGGAACUAUCCCUGAAUCGUCUAGCAAAGCUGCGUUCCCACCCGAAACGGAGAAGGAAUUGUAUAGUUUCCAUCAAUGAUGCUUGCCUAAUAUAUCGGCGGCUCAGCUAUUCCUCGAUUCACAAUCUCCAAUCUCUUUAACAGCACGAAUGUGUUGAUUACGUCUACUGCGUAUCAAGGCCAGUCUUUCGCGCCCGAAACCAUAAUCUUACUACAACUUCUGUGUCACGAACGGCAAGUCGCCGGUAAGAACACCUUCGCAUAUUCUUAUCGACGCUCGCGCAAGUAAUGAUAUCGAAACAUGGGCCUAUCGGAAAUGAUGAACGCGCGGUC